AUGCUGGGUCUCUACCUCACCUUCGCUGGUGGCACUGGAAUCCCCUUGGAUAGUGCCUUGGAGCCUGCCUGGGCAUUUUGGGGCCCCUGGGGAGCAGUAGCUUGUCUAAUUAGGGAUGGAAAGGAUAAGAAUGACCCUGGCUUACACCUGCAAUCCUCUGUGCCUGCAGGCGGCCUCAGUGGGGCAACGAUCAUCGAUUCUCUCGACACCCUCUACCUCAUGGAGCUGAAGGAGGAGUUCCAGGAGGCCAAGGCCUGGGUCAAAGAAAGCUUCCAUUUGAAUGUGAGUGGAGAAGCAUCCUUGUUUGAAGUGAACAUCCGUUACAUCGGAGGACUCCUCUCGGCCUUCUACCUGACAGGAGAAGAGGUGUUCCGAUUGAAGGCCAUCAAGCUGGGAGAGAAGCUCCUGCCAGCCUUCAACACCCCCACAGGCAUCCCAAAGGGUGUCGUGAACUUCAAGAGUGGGAGCUGGGGCUGGACCACCGCAGGUAGCAGCAGCAUCCUGGCAGAGUUUGGAUCCCUGCACUUGGAAUUCCUACAUCUUACAGAGCUCUCUGGCAACCAGGUCUUUGCAGAAAAGGUCAGGAACAUCCGUCGGGUCCUCAGGAAGAUCGAUAAGCCCUUCGGCCUCUAUCCCAACUUCCUCAGCCCAGUGAGCGGGAACUGGGUACAACACCACGUCUCAGUUGGAGGACUCGGGGACAGUUUUUAUGAAUAUUUGAUCAAAUCCUGGCUGAUGUCUGCCAAGACAGAUACAGAGGCUAAAAAUAUGUACUACGAAGCCUUGGAGGCAAUAGAGACCUACCUGCUGAAUGUCUCUCCUGGGGGGCUGACCUACAUUGCUGAGUGGCGAGGGGGGAUUCUGGACCACAAGAUGGGGCACCUGGCCUGUUUCUCAGGGGGCAUGAUCGCCCUCGGUGCCGAGGAUGCCAAGGAAGAAAAGAGGGCCCACUACCGAGAGCUCGCAGCCCAGAUCACCAGGACAUGCCAUGAGUCAUACGUUCGUUCAGACACCAAGCUUGGGCCUGAGGCCUUCUGGUUCAACUCCGGCAGAGAGGCAGUGGCUACGCAGCUGGGCGAGAGUUACUACAUCCUGCGGCCCGAGGUGGUGGAGAGCUACAUGUACCUGUGGCGGCAGACACACAACCCCAUCUACCGGGAGUGGGGCUGGGACGUGGUAAUGGCCUUGGAGAAAUAUUGCAGGACGGAAGCUGGUUUUUCGGGGAUCCAGGACGUGUACAGCAGCAUCCCCAACCAUGACAACAAGCAGCAGAGCUUCUUUCUGGCAGAAACACUGAAAUACCUCUAUCUUCUGUUCUCUGAAGAUGAUGUGCUCUCGCUGGAGGACUGGGUGUUCAACACUGAGGCCCACCCGCUGCCAGUGAACCACUCGGACAGCUUGGGCAGGGCCACACGCCGGCAGUGACCCAUUCCCCACUUCCGGCACCUCAGGGAUGCCUUGCCUUCUUGGGGUUCAGGACUGUUCUCAAAGGCCUUGGGAAUGGAGGCCCCAACCUGGGCAGACCCUGGACUGAUGUGUCGGACAAGCAACUUCUUUUCCUCUGUGAGGAGACAGGACCUGGAGAUGCAGCAAUGUCAGGCAAGAGCAGCCAGGCCCACACAUUCCUUUCUAUGGAGAAUUCCUACGAAACACACUCACUUGCCACUGCAGGGCCAAAGGACAGGGGGUGGUUUGCAUUGCCGCCCUGUGCAUUUGAUUCACUUCCUUACAGAUUUGGGGUUUUUGUUUUUGCUUGAUUUUACUUUUUCUUUACAGUUAAUUUUUAUUACAAUUAUAAAUAUAGUUUCCAAAAUCAUGUGCUCUCUGAAGCAGUUUCCUUCUGAUCAAGGAAACCUUGAAGUGUCCACACACAAUCUUGACCCAUUAUCUAUAUUUUUAAUGUCUUUUUCCCAAUAUUUACUCUGUGUUUAACCAUGUGUCAUUCACCUUAUAAUUUAGGAAGGGUUCCCCCUUUGAUUUGGGCCUACGUGUUAAAAAUCACUAGCUCUAUUUUCAUUAUUGUAAUGGAAAAACCUGUGAACUAGAAUAAAGGAGUUUAUUGAAUAAGA